UAAUAACAGCUACAGGUGCAGUGAACACUGGAAGGACGAGGAGAAGAGGAAUAAAAUAAUUCAGAAACAAGCCAUCGUGAGAAAGCAACAGGGAUAGGUGGACAACUACCAGACAAAGAAAAACAAAAAUGGCUGAGGCUCCAAAGAUUGAGCUCUUCGUUAAGGCCAGCGAUGAUGCUGAAAGUGUUGGAAACUGCCCUUUCUGUCAGAGGCUCUUCAUGAUACUUUGGCUGAAGGGGGUCAAUUUCAAACUUACAACUGUUGACAUGAGGAGGGCACCUGAUGUGCUGAAAGAUUUGGCUCCUGGAUCUCAGCCUCCUUUCCUCCUCUACAAUGAUGAAGUCAAAACAGACACUAACAAGAUUGAGGAGUUCCUGGAGGAUAAACUAGCCCCACCAACAUAUCCAAAACUCUGCUGCCGGUACAAAGAAUCUAUUACCACUGGACAAGACAUCUUCCGAAGAUUUUCAGCAUACAUUAAAAAUCCCAAUUCCGGGCUAAAUACCAUGCUAGAGAAACAGUUUCUGUCAACUCUAGUCAAGCUGAGCAUGUAUCUUGACUCUCCACUCCCUCACGAACUGGAUAAGAACCCAAAUGUCACUGAGUCUACACGCCUCUACCUGGAUGGUGACACCUUCACCUUGGCAGACUGCAACUUGCUUCCCAAACUCAACAUCAUAAAGGUGGUGUGUAAGGAGUACCGUAACUUUGACAUGCCAAGGGAGCUGAAAGGUUUGACACGUUAUCUGGAUAACGCCUACAAACAAGAUGAGUUUCGUUACACCUGCCCAAAGGACUCAGAGACCCUCAUUGCCUACAAAUCUGUGGCCAAGUACCUGACUAAAUAGGUCAAGAGGAAAUGACAAACUAAUAUGGCUGUUCUUUUUUUUUUUUUAUAUUUAUCUGCUUUAAUUGACCCUCUGAUUUAUCUUUUGUGCUGAUAGGUUCAUCUGAAUUUAACUGCUUGAAAUGUAUCUCUCUUGCACUUGGGGCCAGCAUGAUUCUAUAAAGUGACCUGCAUUUUAAGUAAAGAUGAAGUAAAAAUAUGUCACAACAGAUAUCCAUAUACACAUAAAAACAGAUGUUUUCUUCAAAAGGUUUUCACUCACAUAUUUAAUAGGUUACUCAAAUUGCCAACUGUUCUGUACAUAGCAAUGCUGCUGUGCCAUUCGGUCUGCUGAUGUAGAAUAAAUUUUCAGCCUUUAUAAGAUGCAGGACAGCUUUAUAUAUAUCUUUCAAUAUAUAUAUAUGUAUGUAUUAUGCCACAGCGUGAUGGUUUACAGUAACAUCGUUGCUUUGUUUGCAUAAAUCAGUACUUUGCAUUCAGUUAAACAGUCCUAAGCAAGACAAAAAAAAUAUGAGUCAAUGGUGUAUUUCAAUGGUCUCUAAGCUAUGUUUACCUUUGCCAUAAACUAUAAUUGAAUUAAGUGUGGUAAAAGAAAAUAAAUAUCUUGUUAUGUUUAAUAUUAAAGGCUGAGUUAUGCAAAGAAA